AUGAAGCACCAUGACGUAUCAAGGACGUUAGCCGACUUUUUGCUCACAACUACCAAGUUUGAAUACGUUGAAAAGUUUGCACCUCCAGACAGUAUACAAUCUUUUUUAUCCCGGCUAUCGAAGCAGAGGAUAUCGAAUGGUCGACAUCAAACCGAUGGUCUAAUUUCUUUAUAUUCAGUCGAGAGAAACGCCUGUGCGGUCACUCCUAGUCUCUCAUCGCCGCCAACUGCUUUUCGAUCGCUCGGCCAAAGAGGCCUUCAAGCUCAAGUAAAACGAUUCUCGAUAAUUCAUGGAUGA